AUGUCAGCAUAAAUCAAACAUAUAGGUUUUCCUUUUACAUCAGAACAGCACAGCACAUCACAUAUGCAUACAUACCACUAUUUAAACCUCCCCAAUCUGCAGAUAAUCUAUGAAAAACCAACUCAAUAUUAUGAGGUAAAAUCACAGCCAGCACAGAGGAGAAAGCAGCCAUGCCAAGCAUUGCAGAGAGAUGGAAGGUUCUAAGCGGCCAAAAGAAAUGGGAGGGUCUGCUAGACCCUCUAGACCUCGAUCUCCGUCGCUACAUCAUCCACUACGGCGAGAUGGCUCAGGCAACGUACGACACGUUCAACUCCGAGCAGGCCUCAAAGUACGCAGGGAGCAGCCGAUAUGCAAAGGACACCGUCUUCACCAGGGUCGGGCUGGACAAGGGGAAUCCGUUCAAGUACCGCGUCACCAAGUAUUUCUACGCGACCUCGUCCACCAAGCUGCCCGACGCCUUCAUCCUAAAGUCGUGGUCCAGAGAGGCGUGGAGCAAGGAGUCCAACUGGAUCGGGUUUGCAGCCGUGGCAACGGAUGAAGGGAAGGCCGCGUUAGGCCGGAGGGACAUCGUGAUCGCGUGGAGAGGCACUGUCAUGACUCUCGAAUGGAGUAAUGACUUCGAGUUCGAGCUGGUUUCUGCACCAGAUAUUUUCGGAGCGAAGAGUGAUGUUAAGGUGCAUCUUGGUUGGCAUUCACUCUACACCUCUGAUGAUCCAAGAUCACCUUUCAAUAAAGCCAGUGCUCGAAACCAGGUUCUGACUGAGGUGAGGAGACUCGUAGAGCAAUACAAGAACGAGGAGAUCAGCUUAACGAUAACCGGACACAGUUUAGGUGCCGCGGUUGGUACCUUGAGCGCAGUCGACAUUGUGGCGAAUGGAUACAACAAGCCUAAGGGGAUGCCCAACAAGGCGUGCCCUGUUACUAUGUUCGCCUUUGCCAGCCCUCUCGUAGGAGAAGACAAGUUCAGGAAAUUUUUCUCGACCUUGCAGAAUCUCUACGUCCUGCGCAUGAGGAACGCAACAGAUGUCGUCCCGACCUACCCCAUGAUAGGGUACUCAGAGGUCGGGGAGGAGCUGAAAAUCGACACUAGCAAGUCGAACUACCUGAAGAGCCCUGGAAAUGUGAAGACUAUCCACGCCUUGGAAUGCUACCUGCAUGGAGUUGCCGGGACACACGGGAGUAAAGGGCCGUUCAAGCUCGAGGUCAAGAGAGACAUUGCUUUGGUUAAUAAGCAUCUGGAUUGCUUGAAAGACAACUACUGUGUUCCUGUUGCAUGGUGGAGUGACAAACACAAAGGGAUGGUGCAGUUGGAAGAUGGUGCUUGGGAAUUGAGGGAUCAUGAGAAAGAUGAUUUCUGAGUUUGGUUAUUAUACAAACAAAUAAGACUUUAUUACGUUUGGAGGGUUAAAUCCAAAAUACUAUUAGUAAUAAAACAAUGAAACAGAAUAAAAAUCAGAGAGAUAGAACCUUUAUCUAAGUGAAAAGGAUCAAGAAUAUGAUAAUCAGUAUAAACAAAUGUAUGUUUUCUUUCUUUUAAGAAGCUAAUCUUCUUGGAA